UCACCGUUCAUGAGCUUUCAACGGUUCGGUCGGUCCACGGCUUCAGCGCGGUUCGUGAUAUCGAGAUAAAACUACAAAUGAAAAUAACGCGUACGCAUGCCACAUACGUAUAACGAUGUAAACAAAGAGACAGCAUUUAAAAGGCGGUACAACGAGUGCAUUUUACAGAUACACACCCAUGAGUGCGUAUGUAUGGAUAAAGAUACUGGCAUACGAGUGCUUGUAGACAAAGUGAAAUCAGACUUCGGGCAGUAACAAUAUUUUGCAACUGAACAACGACAGCCACUAUUGUUUACCAUUUGUGCGAUUCGUUUAAGCGUAUUUCUGUGUUGACUGUGAAAUUAACACUUUCCUAUUGGGCCCAGAGGGGCGACUGCGGCCUGCCUGUCGCUAUUUGUCCGAUCAAAUAGUAUCAUAUUUCCCCAAUGUGGUAAUGGCAAACACAGUGGCUGCAAUAAUGUUAUGGAUUACUUCCUUCUGUCAGCUAAUGGGGCUUAUCUUGAACUUGAUAAUCCCGCUGCAUUCGAGCAUAAUUCGAGCAAUGCACUCGAUUAACUUCAUGACACAAUUGGCGGCAUCAAGUUUCCCUGCGCUUCCUUGAUUAGCCAUUUUCGCUUUUAUUCAUUCGCGAAUGCGCAAUCAUUUUCCUACGGUUCGUUCGGUUAGAGGCAUUUAUUCAUCGGAUCUGUGCCAAUUCUCGCGUGUAAAGUGCCAGAUCACAUUCAAAGAGCAUUCAAAGUGAAAUCAAAUUGGAAAAGAAAAGAAACGAAAAGAAAUACAAUCAAGCAAUCAUGGGCAAGCAAACGUUUCGCCAUAUUUCGCCAUUUGGAAUGGUGAUGGUCUCAAGUGUGUUCCUACUGACCUUUGUGGCGGAGACAAAUGCCUAUGGAUUUGGACGUUGCCCGAACUAUCCAUCGAUGCCAAAGUUCAAUAUGAGUCGUGUUCUGGGCCAUUGGUAUGAGGUAGAACGUUCGUUUUACCUUCCAGAGAUUGCUUCGGGCUGCACCACAUUUCAGUUUGAGCCGUACAACAAGGGGGAGCAAUCCAAGUUCCAAAAUUUCAAGCUAGGGGUGGCCAUCAAGAACAUCAAUCGUAUAACUGGAAAUCCGAAUGUGAAUAUAGGCUACGCUACGCCCGAGAACAGCAGAUCCUCCAUCAUGGAUUUCAAAUUUACCACUCGAUUCCCGAAUGUGAUUGCCCGUCUGUUGCCCGGCUCUGAAAAGUACCAAGUGCUCUAUACGGACUAUGAGAACUUUGCCAUCCUUUGGUCCUGCGGCAGCAUUGGCUCCCUGGGCCAUUCCGAUCAGAUAUGGAUAUUGGGGCGUGAUCGCGACUUCAAAAUCGACAUACGCUCCAAAGUCUACGAUGUGCUCAAGAUCUCGCUAGAUCCGGACAGACUAAUCAUCAGCAAAAACAAAAACUGCCCCGAGGUGCUCUGAAAAAACAGCUCCAUGGGUCAUCCCCAUUUGUACAUUUAGGUUCUCAUUUGGUUAAGGAAAAUAUUGAAUUUCAUGCCUAAUCAUUUAGGCUCUGUGAUAUCGAGGAGUGUGAAUCGGAGGCAAGGCGGUAGUCGUGAAAUCCA